ACUGGAACCGGAUAAGUUAGCGUGUUCCCUCGCUUCCCGCCGUAGCAUUACUCAUGGACCCAGCCUUUCUUCCGCCGCGAAACUCAGGAAGGUCAGCGCUUCUCGAGCAAGAAAGGCGGAGCUUUCCCGUGUUGUUGAAGGUUCCGGAAGAACUCAGAUGGGGGUUGCAGGAUGGGUUACGCCUGGCCAGAUGGCAGUACUGAUUGGGUUCAUUCCCAUCCUUUUGUCAUGGUUGUAUGCUGAAGUGCUAGAGUUCUGGAACAACUCGAGGAUUUUGAGAACUGGCAGGCCUGAAAAUGGCAAUUUCACUGUCUCUGAUGACAUUUUACUCGGGGGUGAAGCUAAAAGCCAAUUGUUGGAGGGAGGCCAUUUGCCGACAUCUUCAAGAGCUCACAAACAAAAACCAGGACUUUUCAGGUUUUUCAUGAUUGACAAGGAUUUUCUGAUAGAGAACCGAUCAGUAUUAAGAGCCGCAUCAGAAUUUGGAGCUUUCUUGGCUUAUUUCUACCUAUGUGAUAGAACUGAUCUCUUUGGAGAAUCCAUAAAGAGCUACAACAGGGAUCUUUUUCUUUUUCUGUAUUUCCUGCUCAUUCUUGUAGCAGCAAUGACCUCUUUCAAGAUCCAUCAUGACACUUCUCCAUUCUCGUCAAAAUCAGUUCUAUAUCUCAAUAGGCACCAAACCGAGGAAUGGAAAGGAUGGAUGCAAGUACUCUUUGUGAUGUAUCAUUACUUUAAUUCAAAAGAAUAUUACAAUGCCAUUCGUGUUUUUAUUGCUGCAUAUGUGUGGAUGACUGGAUUUGGCAACUUCUCAUAUUAUUAUAUCCGGAAAGAUUUCAGCUUCGCACGAUUUUGCCAGAUGAUGUGGCGAUUGAAUUUUUUAGUGACAUUUUGUUGCAUCGUUCUUGAUAACCACUAUAUGUUGUAUUACAUCUGCCCCAUGCACACAUUUUUCACCCUGAUGGUCUACUGCUCACUUGGAAUUCUUAACAAAUACAAUGGGAUUGGAUUGGUGAUUGCAAUCAAAAUUGCUAUAUGCUUCUUGGUGAUCGUUAUAAUGUGGGAGAUUCCUCGUGUGUAUGAUUUUGUUUGGAGCCCUUUUGCUUUUCUUUUAGCAUACAAUGAUCCCGACGCCACGAGGCAAUACCCACCGAUGCAUGAAUGGAAUUUCCGUGCUGGCCUAGAUCGUUAUAUAUGGAUAUUGGGAAUGAUAUAUGCCUACUUCCAUCCGACUGUAGAAGGAUGGUUGGAAAAAUUAGAACAAACAGAAGUGAAGCUGAGAAUGUUGAUCAAAACUUGUAUCUCUGCAAUCUGCCUUGCGGUUGGUUAUCUAUGGUAUGAGCACAUUUACAAGCUUGAAAAGUAUACUUACAAUCGAUACCAUCCAUAUACAUCAUGGAUACCCAUCACUGUCUAUAUCUGCUUGCGGAACAUCACUCCGGAAUUUCGAAGCUAUACCCUUGCACUUUUCGGGUGGCUCGGAAAGGUGACACUGGAGUUCUACAUAACACAGUUUCAUAUAUGGCUAAGAUCAGGGAAGCCCGAUGCACAACCCCGAAAACUACUGUCCAUCAUACCCAACUACCCGAUGCUGAACUUUUUGCUCAACACCAUCAUAUUUGUCACUGUCGCACGCCGAAUAUUUGAUCUGACAAACAAGCUGAAGCUGGCAAUUAUACCAAACACGGACAACAAGCAGUUGCUCUUCAACUUGAUCUCAGGAGUCCUCAUCUCUGUCACCCUCUAUGCUUUGUCAUUGGUUAUAGUCGGUUAUAAAUAAGCAGAUAAUGUAGGCAUUUGAGUUCUGAGUAAGAACUCGAGGGUGGACUCUCUGAUAACCAAGUACCUUAUUUGUUUUUUGUUUUGUGAAUCGACAUUUGAUUUGAGGUGUUGAUAGUAGUUUCUGGCUCGGAGGAGAGUAGAUUUUAUGUGCAAUGAACUGGUGUAAACAUGCAAGUAUGCAUUCUGUUCUGUCCAUUUGCUAUAAUAUAAUAUGAAAUCAUUAUUUUACGAUAA